AUUAAUUAAGCAACAGCACGAGCUUAAUGGCGAACGCUAAGCAGCUCGCGCUGUUCGCGAUGCUCGUGCUGCUGCUCGCGUCGUGCGCCGCCGCGCGGCGCCACGGCAAGCCGGACCCGUGCGACGGCGGCGGCGGCGGCGUGGACUCGCAUCUGCCGCCGGGGAUGCGGCGGUGCUCGUCGCCGGCGGUGUCGGAGGACGGGACGCCGGCGGUGAUGACGGUGAACGGGUUCGAGGAGGGGGAGGACGGCGGCGGGCCGGCGGCGUGCGACGGGCGCUACCACAGCGACCGGUCCCUGGUGGCGGCGCUGUCGACGGGGUGGUUCGCCGGCGGCCGCCGCUGCCACCGCGGGAUCCGCAUCACGAGCCGGCAGAACGGCCGCUCCGUGGUGGCCACCGUCGUCGACGAGUGCGACUCCCGCCACGGCGGCUGCAAGGACGACAUCGUCGACACCUCCGCCGCCGUGUGGAGCGCGCUCGGCCUCGACACCAACGUCGGCGAGGUCCCCGUCACCUGGUCCGACGCCUGAGCCGCCGCUUCUGUCGUCACCGGCGGCGGCGGCGGCCGGCCGGCCGGCCACCGGCGUUGGCAACGCUUGUUUGCAUGGAGUACGUGUGGUAUGUGUCAGUGUGUCAGUCGUGUCAGCGUUGCUACUCUCUUGACGUGUUUGGUCGAGUAGCAAAAAUAAUGUGCUCUUGAUCUCUUGCAUUUGCAUGGUGUGUGUUUCUGCGAGUUAUCUUGUAAGGGUGACCUGUUGUGGUCUGUCUCGUGUCAGUUUGAUUCACAGUUUGGAAUGUUCGUGUUGCCAUUUCAAAAUAUUUAGUCCGAAUUUGGUCUCUCA